AUGUCGAGCCCCAAACGACCGCGCAUCGAUGACGACGCUGACAACGAGCCGAAAGACUCGAAACAAAUUCUCGUCUACCGCAACGGAGACAGCAGGGAAUGGAAGGUGUUCAAAGUCUCGACGUCUCUGGAAGCGCUUCUGGAGGAGAUCGGCGUCAAGUUCGGCCGGCAAGCCAAGAGGCUCUUCACAAGCAAGGGCGCCGAGAUCAGAAGCGCCGACGAGUUAAGGAAUAUGGACGUGCUCUACUUCUCGUCGGGCGAGGACUUCAUUCCGCUGCCCUCAACGCUGGUGCCAUCCCUGCCACCUGACGACUCCGAAUGGGUCCUCCUCAACGUCGGUGGCCAGUACUUUGCCACCACCAGAACCACGCUGACUUCGUCGGAGCCGCGUUCCAAGCUGGCCGGCUUGUUUUCCGUUCGACCAAACGCAGCGAAUUUUGCUGCCAGGAGGGAUGCGCAGGGCGCCUACAUGUUUGACCGCGAGCCGGCGUACUUCAGGGUGCUGCUCAACUAUCUUCGUUACAAGAAAGUCAUGCUCGACAAGGAUGUGUCAGCAACAGGCGUUCUUGAAGAAGCGAAGUACUUCGGAAUUGAAGGCUUGGUCAAAGAGCUCGGAGAUGUCAGCGAGGAGCAGAGGUCUGGCUUCGGAAGGAACCGCGAGCUGGAAGCGGGUAUCGGCCUGAUCCCGGCGGAGAACGGUACCAACCGACCGUUCACUCGACAAGACGUCCUGAUCGCCCUCGCGAGGAUACCCGCCGGCGAUCUCCGCUUCCGAGCAGCAGACUUCACGGGCGCCGACCUCUCGCACCUGGAUUUGAAUCACAUCAACUUCAAGUUUGCCAAGAUGGAGAAAUGCGACCUGUCCCACUGCAUACUGAACCACAGCUGCUUCGAGCGCGCAGACUUGCGGGAAGCCAAGUUGGAGAAAGCUCAGCUCCUUGGAGCAAAGUUCAACCACGCCAACCUGUCUGGAGCGUACGCCAAGUCCUGUAUCCUGGGCCAGCAAGGUGAUGUCGCCGUCGACAUAGCUAACAUGGAAGGGGCUAACCUGAAUGACGCCGUGCUGGACGGAAGCAAGAUGUACGGCGUGAACUUGAAGAAAGCAGAGCUGAACAAAGUUAGCCUUGUUGGCUGUGACAUGCGCACUGCGAUCCUUGCUGGCGCUACGCUGAUGGUGCGAGAUGCGGAGGGUUCAUCAGGAAAGUCGCCCGACGAGUUGUCACCGAGGUGGAAGGCCUGCGGUCAAGCAUCCUGUGCCAGCCGCAUACGCGGCCCUGACCGCGACCGGGACAGUGACAGCAAGCCAACUUACGGUGUGAUGAGCCCAGCGUGGCCGCACGUCCAUCCUUUGACAGCAGAUAGUAGUUGCAAAGCGGCUUCAGAAACAUCGCAGGGCGACGUCAAGUCGUCCACGACACUGAGCCUCGUCGCAGGAGCACAGACCGAGACCAUCUCUAUGAACAUCGUAGGUGCCACAUCCUAG